AUGAAGUUUGCCCUUGGUCUCACACUUGUUGCCAUUGCCGUCACAUCAUCGGCCGCAGCUGAUGACAAUUGCUCUUUUGGAUGCCUCGACGUGUAUAAGCCUGUUUGUGGCUCCAACGGUGAGACGUACUCGAACUCGUGCUACCUGCGCCUUGCGUCAUGUAAGAGCAACAACGAGAUCACCGAGGCGGGAGAUGGAGAGUGUGCAUCCACGCCCGCGACGUCGGCGACACCCGCCCCUGUUACAUCAACCACUGGAAGCACUAGCGGCACCGCGGGCUGUCCGGACGCGUGCCUCGAUGUGUACGAUCCAGUCAGCGACGAGAACGGCGUCGAGUACUCGAACGAGUGCUAUAUGAAGAUGGCCAAGUGCAAGGGUACCAGCGGCGACGACAACAAGCGCCUCGACAGCCCUGGCGUUUCUACACUCGACGCUGAACGCAAACUCGCAUUUGCUCCUGGUUACCAGGGCCCACCGUGCGGUGAUAUGCUCUGCCCUGACAACUAUGCACCUGUGUGCGGUUCUGAUGGAGUGACGUACACUAAUGAAUGCAAUUUGGGUAUCACUAGCUGCAACCACCCCGAACAAAACAUCACGAUGGUGGGCGCAGGCUCUUGCCCGACCCAGCAGGAGCACCAGCAGCAGCAAUCGUAA